AUGGAGUUUGUUUUGGGAUUUGGGCAUUUGGCUGUCUGGUGGUGCUGCGCAGUGAGGCUGGGCGGCGUUACUAUUGGCGGCCUCUGGGGAUCGCCAAAGAUGCUGGCUGAGUCAAUGGCACUAAGAAAAGAUGGUGGACACAUCCAAGAACCUGCUGAACAGUCUUAUUCAGAGGAAAGCCGUCCAGGUUGUGCGUGUGCUGCUGUGCCAAGAGUACUCUUACCAGAGGAUUUAACGGAACCGAAAACUGGCAUCAAGUUCUCCACUCUACUUGAAGACAAUUCCAAUCUGACUACAGAGGUCCUUGUUGGAAUGGGUUUCAGAAGCAUGCGGAUAAUGAGGGUUAAAAAUCUGAAUCUUUAUGCCUUUGGCUUAUAUAUACAACCUGAUUCUGUUUGCAAGAAGCUGGGUCCAAAGUACGCUUGUAUUCCAGAAGCUGAGUUGAAGGAUCACCCAGAUUUCUAUGAAGAUCUUCUGAGGGAAAAUAUUGAUAUGACUGUUAGGCUAGUAGUAAGCUACAAUGGCCUCAGCAUUGGCACAGUUCGAGAUGCAUUUGAGAAGUCUCUUGGCUUCCGGUUACAAAAGAUGAAUCCUAAUACUGAUUAUAAUUGCUUGAAGACAUUUGGUUCCUGUUUUAGUGAAGACAUUCGUAUACCUGCUGGUACAAAGAUUGACUUCCGGCAGACAUCUGAUGGCCAGCUAAUAACUGAAAGUUAG